AUGGAAGAGUGGCAUAGAAAGUCCGGACUGCCACUAAAGAUGGAAGUAAGACGCUCAAAGCGACCAGAAAAAAUUUACAGGCUUAAUAAGACUUUGAUGAUUGAUUCUUGUUCUAAACCAAAUGAAACCAACGCUUCAUUCAUGCAUAUUAAUGCCUCUGGUGAUAAUCGACACUUUGGAAUAGUGUGUGAUGGCUGUAACAAACAUGAUUUUGCGGGGGAUCGCUUUAAGUGUUUGGAUUGCCAAAAUUUUGAUCUAUGCCUCGCUUGCUUUUCCUCGGGUAUCCAUAAAGAUCAUGAUAUGUUGGCCUUGCGUACACCGUCAUGGAUCAAAAAAUCUAUUUAUAUUUCUUCCUCGGGUUCAAGAAAGCCCUCAGCUCCGGAGUCUAUAGGAUCAGUCGCAUAUUCCCUUAGAGACGCAUCAACCUCGUCAAAUGAUUUGAUAUCUGCUAAAGUGUCUCCGUUUAACGAAACCAGUGAUGAAUCUUCCAUAACAGUGCAUGAUUCGGAUGGAUCUUCGAUGUUCAGUGAUGAUAGGAAUGAUCCCACUCCAGAUUGGGAAGUUGUUGAAGCUAAUGGUGAUGGACACUCAGAAUCAGUUCGUGCUCCUCAGGCUAAUCUAGAUGUGCCGAUCCAAGAACCCCCUGUUCCUAGCGGGGAUCUAUCUGAUAUGCAUAUCUCGGAGCCGUUACUAGCAUCUCUUACUCCUGAUACUUUAUGCGAUGCUUCUCCUUCGAAUCAGCAAAAUGACCAGCAUAAUCCCAUAGACACGAAUUCCCGUUCCUCCACAUCACUUCCUGAUUCUAAUCUGGAUGGCCAUCCUCGUAUGGAUUCCACUCAACGACCGUUUGAAAUGAACCUUAUCACAGGUAAUCUGCUUCUUCCGGUCCUUGAAAGUGCUCGUCAAGCUGUCAAUCUUGUUGAUGAUAUAACGAUCCAGGGGCUUGGCCUCUCUUCACCACCGCCUUCAGCCAGCCCUACUCCUUCUCUACUUCGAAUUAACAACCUUCAAUCUCUUCGUGAUAUGGGAUUCGAAGCUUCACGGGGUCAAUCUUUCCUCAAUCGUGUGCUGGACGAAGUCAAUGAUAAUCUUGCUUCAGCAACUGAUCGAUGUUUGUCUGGCAAUUAA